CACAGCAUGUUAUUAACAUCGGUAACAUCAGUCCAUCCUUUGGAGGUCUUCAAGAGGGGCUGAAGUGGCAGGCGUACACGUUAUUCUAGCCGCAUGGAGCGUCCUAUAUGAGCACGGUGAGAUUUGUAGCUGAUCAUGUGACCAAGCAGCGAGUCUGCGUUGAGGACGGCUCUGACGAAAGCCGGAGCUUGGCAGCUCUGUGUUGACAUCCGUGGAGGAAGCGUUGCAUUGAGAAGCUGGUGCGGAUCUUGAAGGACAGUCCUGAGUCCAGUGUAACGUGGCGUUAAAGCUGCGCGCUGCUGAUCAUUUUCACGCUGUGCCCGGCUGUGGUCGCUGAGUGUCGCCGCGGUUUAAUGCAUAUGUCGCUUGAAAACGGCUGGAUUUUAUCAUUCUGAAAGGGCACAAGGACCCGCGUCGCCUGUGUAACGAAAAGAGAAGCGGCUAGUUGAGAGAAAUGGGUCCCUUUUACUUGUAGGGCAUUAAGUACUCCAUUCUCAGCGCUCUGCCGAUUUCUAUACACAUCAGGCUGCUGAAUAGGAGUAUCUUGUCAAAUUCCGUGGAUUUUCCAGCUACGAGGAUCCAUAAUUUGCUGUCAUUGCUGACCGCGGAAAUCGCUAGGAAUGGAGCAGCAAAGCCAGACAAGGGUUGAUGUUCCUACGUUGUCAGCAGAGCCAGCAGCUCCCAAAGAGGACUCUACCCCUGUUCUUGCUUUAGAGAAUGCUGCCUCCACAUCCAGUUCACCUCCAACAGCUCCAACAAGGCCAAGGAGGCCACAGAGGACCCCCCGGGUGGAAGGAUCCAUCGACGUAUCAGAGCCCAAACCUCCAGAGUCCCCAAAACAUAGCCAAGAGAAGCCCGACUCCCCUGCUCAGAGUGCUCAAAUCAAGCCUGUCCGACCCUCAGGUCCAGCACACCAGCUCUAUGCUGACACACCCUAUGGCCCGUCCAUUUUGGCUGGACACAAAUCAGCUGGGCAUGGAGCUGGAGCUAGAAGCCACAUCUCCAUGAGAACAACUUCACUGCCUCAAGCUCCUUCCUACAAACCGCCAUCCACAGAUCCUGGCUCUCAUCCUCACAGGGCACUCUCUGUGGCUGGAACAGCUGAUACUGAGCCUCAGGUUGUGGAGGACUUCAGAGUGCACAUAACCACAUGGAACGUGGGCUCAGCUGUGCCUCCAGAUGACAUCACUGCCUUGCUGGGGCUGAAUGUUGGCGAUGGAAACACAGACAUGUACAUUAUAGGGUUACAGGAAGUGAACUCUAUGAUCAAUAAGCGACUGAAAGAUGUUCUCUUCACUGACCAGUGGAGCGAGGUCUGCAUGGACACACUCAGCCCCUUUGGAUACGUGUUGGUAACGUCUCAAAGAAUGCAAGGAGUGUUGCUGCUGGUCUUUGCCAAAUAUUUCCACCUUCCUUUUAUCAGAGGUGUACAGACAGAGAACACACGCACUGGGCUGGGUGGAAUCUGGGGCAAUAAAGGUGGAGUGAGUGCUCGCAUGAGCGUGUUUGGCCACUCGAUCUGUUUCUUGAAUUGCCACCUGCCUGCACACAUGGAGAACUCGGACCAGCGCAUGGAGGAUUUUGAGAGCAUUCUGCAGCAGCAGCAGUUUGAAGGUCAAGCUGCCAUGGGAGUCCUGGAUCAUGAUGUUGUUUUCUGGUUUGGGGAUCUAAACUUUCGUAUUGAAGACUUGGAGAUGCACAUGGUCAAGGCAGCUAUUGAUAACAACAAACUUUCUAUGCUAUGGGAAAAAGACCAGUUGAACAUGGCCAAAGAUAGUGAAACUGUACUGGAAGGCUUUGAGGAAGGACCACUCAAAUUCCCUCCAACCUACAAGUUUGAUGUGGGGACAAACACAUAUGACACCAGUGGGAAGAAGCGUAAGCCGGCAUGGACUGAUCGUAUUCUCUGGCGUUUGAGGCCAAUGGCACCUGCUAGCAACAACAUGUCCAAGCGCAGCUCUCUGUCAGGUCUGACCAGUGGCACCCGAGUGACCCAGCACUUUUACCGUAGCCACAUGGAGUACACUGUCAGUGACCACAAGCCAGUCUCCUCUAUUUUCACCCUGCAGUUCCCGUAUAAGGUGGACAUCCCUUUAGUGACAAUUAUCGUAGAGGAUGAGUGGAGAGAAGUAAUUGACGCCGUUGCCAAAUUCAAGGUUGCACCCAACUACUCCCGAAGUUCCUGGGAUUGGAUUGGUCUUUACAAGGUUGGAUUCAAACAUCACAAAGAUUAUGUGGGUUAUACUUGGGCUAAGCAGGAAGAAUCAGAUUACCUGAGACAGGAGCACCAAGUUACCUUUGCAGAGGAGGAGUUGCCAAAAGAAUCUGGGGACUUCAUCCUGGGUUAUUAUAGCAACAAUAUGAGCUCUAUCGUGGGUGUUACAGAGCCAUUCCAGAUUCAACUGCCCUCCUCCAGUGAAGCUGGCCUCAGCCCCUCAGACAGUUCAGAUUUUACUUCCGAGGAUGAGAUCAAGCAGGCAGAGUCAUGUGACUCCAGCCCUGUGCGAAAUAAGAAGGGUAGCAGCAGCAGCAGCAGGAGCCACACACCUACUGAAGGGCAGAUGGAAAGUUCCAGCAAUCCCUACUCCAGAGACACCUCGCCACAUUCCUCCUCUGCCGUAACGGGUUGUAGCACUCCCAAAAGGAACAACUCCUCUGAUGGUGCAAACUCAGGGAAGAACACCGGCAAGCCCUAGAUAAGCACACUGUUGAGAACGAUGGAUUGUAUAUACAAGGCAGAAGCUGAAGGAUUCUCUUGGGGGUUUUAUAACGUCUUCGUGCAGUUGCUUUAAUGUGAAGUCGUUCGUUAUGUGGAGAUGUUGUCUUAUGUGUUGUAGUGGUGCAGGGCAGACAUAGGCCUUUAGUGAGCAGCUCCCUCCAUGACAAUUAAGAGGGUGGGCUGAGUUAUUGUCCGUGCCUGUUUCGCAGUAAACUGAAAUCAUACCAUACGCACAUUUUUUUAUUUUCUCUUCUUUUUCCCUAUCUCAGCAUGUUAAAUGGUUCAAUUCUGGGACAGUAAGAAGUAGCACAGCAAGAGGUACACAAGCACAUCAGAGAGAUUUCAUGAAAAAUAUUACUUGGUUUGGUUUAUACCAAUUUGUAUUCAUUAAUUGCAUCUAGCGUCUACUAUGAUAUGUGCUGAAUACAUCACAGUCUUUGCCAAGGCUCUGAGAAACUGCCAGGUUUUUAUUUGUAGAUCAGCCAACCAGACUGACAGCACAAAUGAGAGUAGAGCUUUGGAUCUUCCACUGCUUACAAAUCCUAUUUGCCUGUGCAGAGGUACACUGGGAUUUCAACAAGGCACUGUUCUUGUGUUUACAAUAUGGUUUGUCUUUUCUACCAGUGUGGUGAGUAGAUGGAGGUAUAUUUUAACAUUUCUGUGUGUGUAUGUGUGUAAAGAUUGCAAGAUAUUUAUUUUCUUAUAUGAAUUACAACCGGGCAGGUCAUUCCAUUGCACAUUUAAACAUAUUUUACAUUUCCACACAGCUAAUACAUUAUUCUAUAAAAAGACUUUAAUUUAACAGAUAAGAAUAUUAUUAAGUCAAUUAUUGUUAAGUCUUAACCACAAUCUUGUCAUGACCUUGACUGUACAGGUUUAAUCAUGUAAUUAGUUAUUUGCAAGGUUCCUGCUGUGCUGUGAUACAGUGUUCUUGUUACAGUAGAUGUCUUCUAAAAGACUUUGCCUGAAAACUCUGAAGUCACGUUCUUCCCCUUUUUCUUGAUAAUCCAAAGCAACCAGAAAUGUUAUGAUGUGCCAAUCCAAGGAAAUGAGCAGUCAUUCACUUUUUUGCCAGUUAUCAUUAGUAGUUUAGUUUGAUAUUGAAGGCAGGUCUUAUGAGACAACAGAAGAAAAGAACAGAAAGGUAAAAUGAUCAAUGAAAUUACAGGGCUAAUACUCUAAAUGAUCAUCCCUCACAAGUGAAACUUGUAAUACUCAAUUUCAAAGGUGUAGAAGGACGUUUCGUCAAAGUUUUUGUGGCUAGAUUUGAGCUUUAGUCUGUAUCCAAAAGUGCUGCGCCUCUACUGUAACUGUGGUAGGAAUCCUAUGGCAUUCUAUGUUGUCUAGUUUUCUAGGAUUUGUCCUCUGUGGUGUCUUCUCUUCUCUCGCUUCUUCUCUUCUCUUCUCUUCUCUUCUCUUCUCUUCUCUUUGUAGUAUGCACAAUGCUGUCUCCAGCAGCAAUAUGUCGGAGUAGUAACUAGUGAAUCUCAGUGCACCAUUUUGGACGUUUUGUGCCAUGACUACUUAGCUUUUUGACACAGUGUGCUGUCUCGCUGUACUGUGAUGGUGAGAUAGAGUGUAUGUAUUUGAUUAUGUACAUGUGUUUGCAUGGCCAUAUGUCAUGAUAUGGUGAUACAUUAUGCUGUCAAACUCCUUUUAAUACUGAUGUGGGAAUUGGUGUGGGAAAAUUUUAUUAAGGUCAGAUAAAAUGAAGGGAAUUAAGGUGCUUUAUGUAGUGUUAUUUAUUUUUGCCUUUUUAAGGUUACUGUCAUAUUGAAACGCAACAUAAGCAAAGUCAUUUUUAGAGAUCUUCACCACUAGAGAAAUAAUCAUGUGCAAACGUUUGGGCAGCUCUAUUGCAAAGGCGUUUGUCAGAUUUGCUGGAAUUUAAUUGGAAUUUGCAGGCAUCUUGUCGUUUUUUUUAGUAAUAACAAAUUGCAGGUAUUUAGCACAAUCCUCAGACGAACAAUUCGCUUUCCACUGGGACUGUUUUUCCAAAAAUUACCUUAAGAGGCUUAGUUCCCACAUCCAUAUUAGGACAACUCAGGACAUCUGCAAUAUAUUGCAACUCUCAGCACAGGAUUCUGUUGCACAAAAGGGCACACAAAAGUAAUAGGCAUGCUUUCUUUGUUACUCUAAUGUAAUCUUUCUAGCACAUGAAAAGCCCUAAAACAUACAUUUCUGCAGUAUAAAAAGAAUUACAGUUCUUGACUGAUACUUGUUUUCAUCUUGGUCAGGUCUUUAGACAAAAUGUCUUGGAUUAAAAAGUAAUUUGGAAGUAUAAAAAGUAUUGGAAAAUCUAAUUUCUCAGUAGUUUCUUACCUUAGGCACCAAACAAAAAAAACAGAUUUUCCUACUAACAAGGGCACCCUUUUGCUUUAACUGUUUUCAUAUUUGGAGUGUCUUCAGAACUGGACCAGUUUUUUGAGAUUGGAAACAGCAGCUGUUUUCCUGGAAAUGUAGACAGUGGAAACACAGUCUACUUCUGAAUCUGAUUAGAUGAACAUCUCAAAUGUUUUGUUUGUACAUGACAAAAUGAUAAGCUCUAGCAGGGCUACUAAAUUCAGUAACCAAGCAAUGUGACUGAAAAGCAUUUCAUGGCCAACCACAGACUUAGUCUAACUUUACAUAUUGCCAUUACAUUGAUUAAUUUGGUGGUGAAGAUUGGGUAAGGAUUAUGGCUACACAUGCAAUGGAACAAUAUCUCCAGAAUCCCAUCACUGAAACAAGCCGGAUAGUUAGAAAUGUACUGUAGGAAAGAGCAUUUAUUUAAACAAGGGGUGCCCAGUCCUGGUCUUAGAGAUCUACACUAUAACACCUAACAUAAUGAAGGCCUUCAGGGGCAUCUGCACAUUAGAUCCAGGUGUGUUGGAUCUGAACUCUCCAGGAUGGUAGAUCUCGGGAGCAAGGAUUAAGCCCCCCUGAUUUAAACAGUGUCAGAGAAGUCAGUUUCUGGUUUCCAGUUGCAGGAAAAUGGGAAGCCAAAACCAGAAAAACCUGCCUUUAAUAUUAUUCCGUAUUGAAUUUAUGUUUUAGUGCUUUAUACAAUGUUCUAAGGAAAGAACAUAAUAUUCAUGCAUAUUGGUAAGGAAUGUUAUUGUUGAAAUAAUGUAGAGAUUCUUGAUGGAAAUUAUGUGUAUAUGAAGUAGAUGUAAAGAAUAGAUGAUAAUCAAUGCCAAAAAAUAGAGGAUAUUCUAUGUAUAUGAUGUGCAUUAAUUUAUUUUUUCAUUGCAGUUUAUUUAUUUACUGUAUGUAAAAUGUCAUUCUGCUGGCCAGUGUCUUAUAGGCAUUAUAAAGAGGAUUGUUUUUAUUUUAAUUGUUCUCUUUUAAAUAUUCCUUCUUUGAAUUGAUAUGUUAUGCAUUUCUUUAAAUUCACAGCUUAAAUUGGUAUCACAUCUUCAAUCUUUACAGUUCUUUAUGUUCACCUCAUUUUACAUUUUAUAAGUUGUAUAAUUUACUGUAGUCUAUAGUUUCACAUAUUCAUUUGAUGAAGGAUAUCUUGUGAAGGGAGCCAUCUGGCCAUUGUUGUCCAAACAUUAUUGUCCAAGAGAAAAUAAAUCCCUAGUUGAAAAUAAAUCA